AUGAAUAACCGUCUCAUCCAAAUAUCUGGCUUCUUGAUUUCAUCACUGGGGUGGGUGUUUGUGAUGUGCACCUUGGCCAUGGACAACUGGAGGGUCGCCCAAAUAGGAGGAGAAGGAGGCUCCUUUAUCAUCAAAGUGGCCUGGCAAUGGUCCAACCUGUGGAAGGACUGUUUUACCGACUCCGCAUCUAUCACUAACUGCAGAUAUUUCCCUGUGAUCUGGAGAAUCACUCCUUACCUCCAGGGAGUACAAGGAUUGCUAUUAGGUGGGAUAACUCUUGGAUUCUUUGGUGUAGUACUUUGCUUUGUUGGGAUGGAGUGCACUUACAUUGGUGGUGCUGAUAAAACCAAGGACAAAGUCCUUUUUGCAGGAGCAGUGUUUCAUUGCGCUGGAGGUGUGUCAGAUGUGUCUGGCUACUGCUUGUACUACAACUCAAUUGUCAGAACAACCUUUACUCAAACUGCAGGACAAGGAAUAUUACGAUAUGAACUAGGACCUCCCAUAUUUGUAGGAUUGGUGGGAUGUCUUUUCAUCCUUUUAGGGGCUGUGCUUUACACUGUGACGGUCUACCAAGUAAUCUGCCCUGAAAGUGAAGUGGUAUAUGCCCAUGGAGGAGGAACAUACAUGACCCCUCGCUCCAGAGGAAGCGCAUACUACAGACCCCCCAGGCUGCAUGAAUCUUAUAUGAGCUCCAGACGAUCCAGCAGCUCCAAGAGCUCAAAGCUCUCUCAGACAACACCGACAAAAAUCUCAGAAAGAGAUGCAUUUGUGUAG